UCUUCAUUGCUGGAGUGGGGCAGAGAUUCAGGUGGUAAGAGAAGCAGAUGGGCUCAGACAGAUAAUAACUAGCCUCUCAGACAGCCACUGCAUACAAGAGCUGGGCUCUUCUGCACAGACCAAAGUUGAUUUGGCAAGGACCAUGAAAAGAAAAAUGCCUUUGGAUAUUCAUAUAUCUCCACCUCAAGACAGCCAGGUUCAGUUCCACUGUCCAUCUACGAUGGGAAGCUAAGGAUGGCCAAUUUGUUGACCUUAUAUAUGGUUACUAUGCUCUCCACCUAGAGAUUAAUAUAGCUGUGGUGCUGAAAUGGCCAGCACCCAGCAAACUUGGCAUCUCAAUGAAUCCUGGAAGGGCAAUGGUGGAGGAACCAGCUUUCCGGGCAACUUUGCUUUCUCCUGGACUGUAUUCUUGGCUGUACUCAUGGGCAUCUUGAUAGCCACCACAGUUCUGGGAAACGCUUUGGUUAUGUUGGCUUUCGUGGUAGACUCCAGCCUUAGGACUCAAAACAACUUCUUCUUGCUCAAUCUGGCCAUCUCUGACUUUCUAGUAGGAGCUCUGUGCAUCCCCCUCUAUGUUCCCUACGUCCUCACUGGCAGAUGGAGCUUCGGCAGAAGCGUCUGCAAACUGUGGCUUGUACUGGACUACUUACUGUGCACCUCCUCAGUUUUUAACAUCGUCUUGAUCAGCUACGACAGGUUCAUCUCAGUAACCAGAGCGGUGAGCUACAGGGCUCAGCAAACUAACACCAGACACGCAGUGCUGAAGAUGUCCAUGGUCUGGCUACUGGCCUUCCUCCUAUAUGGACCUGCUAUCAUAACCUGGGAAUACAUCGCUGGCAAAUCCAUCAUCCCAGACGGAGAGUGCUUUGCCGAAUUCUUUUAUAACUGGUACUUCCUGAUCACAGCUUCCACUAUAGAAUUCUUCACUCCUUUCAUAAGUGUGACCUUCUUUAAUGUGUCUAUCUAUCUGAACAUCCAGAAGAGGACAAGGGCCAGACUGGACCUCUUGCAAGAGCCGUACAGCCAGACAAAUACUGAUAUUACAAAGCCGGAGCCAGAACCAGCCAGGUCUCGCUCUCUGAAAUGUUGGAAAGUGACCCAUAAAGCAUUUAAAAAGGGCCGAUCUGACGGUGAGGCCUACAAGUCAACGGAAGCCGAAAUACUGGAAAGGGUCAAGGCAGUUAAAAGGUCCUCCUUAAAUGGGAGUACACUGACUGUUUUAGGUAAAACAAAAAGUACUAGAAGAAGCUUUGCAGAGUCGGGGUCCACCCCGUCAUUGGAGAAGCGCAUGAGGAUGGUCUCUCAAGGAAUCGCCCAGCGUUUCAGAUUGUCAAGAGACAAAAAAGUAGCAAAGUCUUUAGCCGUCAUUGUCUGUGUAUUUGGAAUAUGUUGGGCACCCUACACCCUACUGAUGAUCAUUCGGGCAGCCUGCAGAGGACAUUGUGUGCCAGAGUACUGGUAUGAGGCCUCCUUUUGGCUCUUGUGGGUUAACUCAGCCGUCAACCCUGUUUUGUAUCCUCUCUGCCAUUACAGCUUUAGGAGAGCAUUCAAGAAGAUUUUGUGCCCACAAAAGCUAAAAAUCAAACCACAUAGUAAAUUUCAGCUCUGUUGGAAAUGAGUGACCAC